AUGGCUCCAGUAACACGUCUAAGUUUGAAAAAAGGAAAUAGUAAUGUGUUCAGUUCAACAGAUGAAAUCGAAGGUAAUGAGAAUAAAAAAUUGUUAGAAACUAAAAAACAAAAGAAUAUAUCAACAAAAAAAAUAAAAUUACCUUCUUUACGUGUUCAAUUAAGUGCUAUGACAGUACGUGUACUUAAGAAUAUUCUUCGCUUUAAUCAUCAAAAUCCUUUUGGAAAUAAACCUGAGCUUCUUUCACGUAUUGUUUAUAUGGCUAAAUAUGGUGCCUAUCCAAAAUGUCCAAAAUGUAUUAAAGGUCGAUUAAAACCACGUUUGCAUCGUCGAAAAAACCAAUCGAAAUAUUAUUGUCCAGGUUUUCCAAUUGGUUUUCGUGGUCCUGCUUCAUAUUAUCGAUGUGAUUAUGUAACAGAUGAAUGCAAAAAAGAAAAAUUUCGUUUUGCAUCUACAUUAAAUUUAAAAAUAAAUAAAUAA